GUUUACUGAAGAUGACCUUAGAAGAGAGACGCAAAGAAUACCUAAGAGACUAUGUUCCCCUGAACAGCAUUCUAUCAUGGAAGGAGGAGAUGAAGGGCAAGGGCCAAAAUGAUGAAGAAAAUACUCAGGAAACAUCCCAGGUGAAGAAAAGUUUGACUGAAAAAGUUUCUCUCUAUAGAGGUGACAUCACAUUGCUAGAGGUAGAUGCUAUAGUCAAUGCUGCAAAUGCCAGUCUUCUUGGAGGAGGAGGUGUGGAUGGCUGUAUUCAUAGAGCAGCUGGCCCCUGUUUGCUAGCUGAAUGUCGUAACCUGAAUGGCUGUGAUACUGGACAUGCAAAAAUCACAUGUGGCUAUGACCUGCCUGCAAAAUCGAAUUUGGAUACAAGAAAGCUAUUGAAACUGAAUCUUCUCCUACACCUGAAAAGAUCUAUAACUUCAACCACUCCAUGGAAAAAUAUACCAAAGAUUAAACAUGCUGUUGUCAGUCCUGGAGCCUGAGUACACUGUGAUGGCUUCAUGUUGUCAGCUGCAUUUUCUCAUGCCCUACACUGCAGACUGAAAAAGGAUGCUCCACAGCCAGCGUUAACAUCGUGCACCAAGCCUGCCACAGGCAUCCUUUCUUCUGCUCCAAGCUGCUGAGGGACAGGAAAUGGAGGUGCUGAGUUUUAAGGCUUACAGGGUUUGUCUGCACUGCAUUCAGCUUGCCAGUCCCCAGGAGAGCUGGCAUGCUGCUUCAGAUCCAGAAAGAAAAGGAGAGUGCCAAUCAGAUAUAUACACUUCUGUAAAUCUCCAGUUAGUUCCAGAGCUGUCAUUUGCUUGUAGAAAUUUUACCAUGUUUACAUGACUGACCCAGACAGCAAGAGCUAGUGAUGCCCCUCUGUUGUAACUACAUGGCAAGAGGGACAUGAAACCCCGUUAAAUAAAAUUAAUUUUAAGCACACAUUGAUUUGGAGAAGCAUUUGGACAAUAACAUA